CAAGUGAGUCAAACGGUGGUUCAGUGUGUUGUUCUGUACAUUAUAUUUAUGUGACCAAUCAGUGGAUGGCCAGAAGUGUACUUGCCGAGGGCGUUGACGUUAUCUGCUGCCGGUCGCAAUACUGAUGCACAUUGACCAGUGUGUGUUGUAAUGAUUUCCAAGAGAGAAGAGGAGACAUUCUACAGCAUCGUACUUUAUUGCGCACAUGAGAAAUGCAUUCAACUUAUCCUGACGGAAUCAUAGCCCGAAGUUGACGAUCUAUACCGUUGAUGUACCAUGUGAAUCUAACCACUUAUAUCAGUUGAUGUUGCAAACUAAUCAAGAAGGCCAUGUACAGUUACAAAUCAGUUCCGAAGAUGUCAACCGAAAAAAGAUAAAUGCAGCUAAUAAAAAAAAUCUUGAGUGUUGCGGUCUUAUAGAGAAAUUGAGGCCAGAUUUCAACUUUCGUUGCUGCGCUCUUUCAAAUUGAUCGACCAGGAAUAACAACAGAAUAAUAAAGUACAUAUCGAUCUUCGAUCGCAACAGUAUUUGGGAUAGUGAAUAAUUAAGAUUCAAUGAAUUGUCACCGGAUGGGAAAAAAAUCUUAGCUAUACUGCUGUUGAGAACUCUUUUGCUCACAAAAUGGCUAAUAAUGCUGAAGAUGCAGAGGCUCCUAAAGUAGGCUGUUGCCGGCGGAUAUGCAAGUUUCUCGGUGUAUAUUGGCGCUCGAUGGUAGUGAUUGUGGCUCCUAUCGCUGCGGCGGGAAUUUACGCGAUUGAUACUACGCCCGCCUAUCGGUGUAUCUACGUGGUAUUGAUUAUGGCGAUGUACUGGGUGACGGAAGCUUUGCCACUAGCAAUAACAUCGAUGAUUCCAGUUGUCCUUUUUCCGGUUCUCGGAAUACUGGAUACUGAUAGAACAACUAUGAUGUAUAUGAAGGAAACCAUGCUGAUGUUUAUCGGUGGUAUCAUCAUUGCCCUCGCGAUCGAAUUCUGCAAUUUGCAUAAGCGUGUGGCACUGAAAGUGAUCUCAAUCGUAGGAUGCAGUCACAGGAAAUUGAACUUUGGGUUACUUUCUGUUACGAUGUUCAUCUCGAUGUGGAUCUCAAACACGGCUGCCGUAGCCAUGAUGUGUCCGAUUAUGCAAGCUGUGCUGGAAGAGCUGGAAGAGCAAGGGAUUUGCGAAAUGUAUAUUAAACCAAAGAAUGAGGAGGAAGGAAUGCUCAGUAAAGACAAAAAAGAAUCAGAUGAACUUCCGAAACCAUCCAAGAUAACCAUCUGUUACUUCAUCGGAGCGGCUUAUGCGUCAACUAUAGGGGGAUGUGGUACCAUUAUUGGAUCCGGAACCAACCUGACAUUCAAAGGUAUCUAUGAAAGUCGUUUCCCAGAGGCUCCUGGAAUCGAUUUUCCUAGAUAUAUGAUCUACAACUUGCCUGGUAUGCUGCUCAGCACCUAUCUCACUUGGGCUUAUCUACAGUGGCUCUACAUGGGAAUGUUCCGACCGAACAGUGCUGAAGCUAAAGCUGCCUCAACCGGGCAGGAGGGUGAAGCUGUGGCUCGUCGUGUGAUUGAGACCCGCUACAGUGAACUAGGUCCAAUGUCAUCACAUGAAAAGAGCGUGUCAAUCCUGUUUCUCAUUGCUAUAGGAUUGUUCUUCUUUCGUGAGCCUGGUUUCAUGACCGGAUGGGCCGAUUUACUACCAGACGCGAAAAUUAGGGACGCCACUCCAGCCAUUCUUAUUGUCAUACUGCUGUUCAUAUUCCCUGCUAACUGGAGCUGCUUAGAUUUCUUCAAAAGGAACCCAGGACGACUCCCGGCUGUAGUCACCCCUUCACUCAUCACCUGGAAGUUCAUCCACCAGAAGGUGCCCUGGCAUCUUGUUUUCCUGCUGGGUGGUGGUUUUGCAGUAGCUGAAGGAGGUCGUGUCUCAGGAAUGUGUACCCUGCUGGGGAAUGCACUGGUCGGGUUGAAAUCGCUGCCACCUUUGCUGCUUCUCUUUGUAAUCUGCUUUGCCGCCAGCAUAAUUACUGAACUCACCUCCAACGUGGCCAUCUGUAAUAUCAUAUUACCUGUACUAGCAGAAAUGGCCGUCGCUAUCGAGAUCCACCCACUGUAUUUGAUGUUACCGGCGUCGUUAUGUUGCAGCUACGCUUUCCACAUGCCAGUGGGAACUCCACCGAACGCCAUCGUGGCCGGAGUGGCAAACAUUUCUAUCAAGGAUAUGGCUAUUGCAGGCAUUGGGCCCACGAUCUUCACGCUUAUUGUGGUGUGCACCACUUUUCCGACCUGGGGAGCUAUCGUGUACCCGGAGAUAAAUACCUUUCCAGAUUGGAUACUUCAGUCGAACUCGACUGAAAACUAAACUUUGGGGAUACUUAUUUCUAGGUCUUAGCCGCGACUUAGCCAUUCAGUAGGAAUCAAAAUUUGUGCCAAAAUAGACUGAUUGUGUAUGCGGGAUUUUUCUGAAUAUGUUUAUGAAUAUUUUUUUUUGUUUUUAUCAAAACAAUUUCAUACCUGUUAAUACGAUCUCGUUAGAAUUAGCACUGAUUUCGUUAUUUGUUGAUAUAUAAC